GCAAACAGCGGUUUAGGGAAGACUUGUCUACAGGAGGCUCUCACGGCUUAACAGUAAGUUUACUUCUCUUAGGCUUGUUUAAAAUGUCUGCGAUUUACCACAAGGCAGCCAAAGAUGGCUUGCUUGAAGUUAUACGACAUGUGAAUAAACGGGAUGCGAAUAAAAGAGAUGAAGAUGGAAUGACACCAGUCCAUUGGGCAGCGAGUUGUGGCAACUUAGAAUGCCUACGAAUUCUCUGUGCUAAGGGGGGUGACCCAGACAAACCGUGCUACGACGGUUCAACCAGCGUCCAUCUUGCUGCCGCCUGUGGUCAAUUUCACUGCCUCGUUUUCCUCACGAAAUUUGGCUCGAAUAUCUGGUCGCUGGACAACCAAUAUCACACCCCCCUGGAGGAAGCUGCUGCACGUGGACAACUGGACUGUGUCCAAUACCUGGACCGCGUUGUGGCCGAACAAAUGCUGCACCAUCGCGCGCGGGCGAACAAACAGAAAAAAGAGGCGGAAAAAAUUGCCAGAAAGCGGAUGAAAAAGGUGGAAAGGCAUCAAAAAAAGCGCGACAAAGAAUACGCAAAACGUGUGAAGCGACAGAAUGGCGUCGUCGUCAGCGAUAGCAAAGAAAAUAUCCCGAAUGAACGGUGGAUGGCUGGUAAGAAACGAACCAGCAGUACCAACAGCAGUAAUCCUCCAAACAACACCGGGUUUGAGAGCAUUAGACGAGCGCAAAGCUUGGAACAUUUCUCUCAAAUUACAGGGAAGAAAACUGGAAAGUCGGCGCAAAACGAACGCGCCAAAAGCGUGCAAGGAUCCGUGCGUCAAACCUUCCUUGGGUCCCGGAUAAGAUCCGGCAGUGCGUCGUCACUGAACGGCGGAAAGUCGCGAAGUUUGACAAGUUUAGACAGCGCCAAUAUCAUAUUACAUCCAAAAGCUAUCCGUGCAGGAAAUGGAAAUUUCGUUGGCCGUCCCAAAGACCAGUACAUUGUCCGCUCAUCAGACGGUCAUGGGAAUAGUUUCACCUCUGUUGAAAAUAUGAAAUUCGGCAGUUUGUCCAGUUAUAAUAGUCGCACAUCGACCUUGCCCAGUUCAAGGUUAAGCUGGGGCUCGAGUCGAUCGAUGGACUCCGACCUUGAUACGGACAUCGGCGAAGACGAGGUACUUCAAACGAACGAUCCAAAAUUGGCGCCGCUAAUGACCUUUCUUGCAUCUCUCAAUUUGGAACAAUUCACAAUAACAAUGAAACGCGAAAGCAUUGAUAUGAAAGCUUUAGCUUUGUGUACAGACGAUGAUUUGAAGUCUGCAGGAAUUCCGUUAGGUCCGAGAAGGAAGAUCCUGGAAGCGAUUGACCGAAGAAAGAGGGCGUGCGCGGAGCCUGGGCCCAUGAUGGACACGCAUUUGUAAUCAAUGCACGGACUUGUAACUGGCGU